AUGAGGGCUGAUGUGAGAAUGAGAUUGGUAGCACUUCCUGUUGGUCCUGUUGGUGUCAUUCAACUACAAAAAUUAAUAUAUACUGAAAAUUUAUUUAGUAGUUUUGAUGCCAAAAAAAAUAAGAUUUGGCAUUCUAAAAAUAAUCCUAAACUUAAAGAAAUAAUAUUAGAAGCAGGAUACUGGGACCUAACAACUUCUUCGCAUGACUUGCCAAAAGAAUGGCUAGUCAGUAAGGAAAAAAGCAAUAUUGCUGAAAUAAUGCAAAGGCAUAUUCCACUAUUAAUAUAUAAUAUAAAAACCACUGACGACUUUGAUAAUGAAGAACAUACAUUAGAAAAAGGUGGUUAUCCACUAAAUGAAUACAAAAAUAAUGGCCAUUUUAUAAACGAAAUGAGAGAAUUAAUCUGCAAAGAAAUGAGUGCUAUUGGAGUAAAUUUUGAUUUUUGGCAAAAUCAAAAAACAAAAUUGUGGAAAUUUAUCUCUUUAAUAGAUUCAGACAAAUUAAAAAUAAUUGAAAACUUUAACCUAAAUAUAAUACUACCACCAAAACGUGCUAAAAAAGUUCAAAAAGUCUGGUUAGGAUUUUGUGAACUCUACCAAAUGUUAA